AUGGCUGUUGCGGGUUUGCAAAAUGUUUUGGCAUAUAGUCCUCCUUUCUUUGGGGAGUCUCUGUCUCCUGUGCCAAGGACAUGGGGUGAAGAACAACCAGACCAGCCUAACACUAGGGCAUCCUCUCUUUUGCAAAUGUGGCGGGAGAUUGAGAGUGAGCAUGUAGUGGGUCAUUCUCCUAGACCAAGGCCACUGAGGAGUGAUGCUUCAGAUUCUGACCAAUUGAGUACGAUCACUUCAGAUGGACAAAGGAGUGAUAACGGGGAUUAUAGCUCUGACGAUGCCAGUGAGAUUGAGAAUCAAGGCCGAAUCAGGUUGGAGAAUGACUAUGAGGACAGGAACAGCACUAUUUCUGAACAAUCUAUUGAUUUUGGAGAAUUUGAAAGAGAACGAGUAAGACAAAUUUUUCACGAAUGGAUGAACAGUGGUGCUAAGAGUCAUUCUGCUACUGAUCCGUGUAUGGACAAGCGAUCAGGGCCACAAUGGCUUGCGGAGAACGAGUGUGAAAGGGUGAGAGUCAUAAGAGAAAGGGUCCAGAAGAAUACCCAGCAGGGGAGCAGUUGUGGCUCACAUAGAGAUGGAGAUGCUGAAAUUGGUUCUCAAUUUGAGCAGGUGCAUGAUGGCUUGGCAAUCAAUCAUUCUGAGGUUGGUGCACGGAGGCCCAUUCGAAGAUUAUGUGGCAGACAGACUCUUCUUGAUCUUCUUCUGAUGGCCCAAGAGGAAAGAAGAAGAGAACUUCAGGAUUUGUCCGAGCAGAGGCCAGUGUCAGACUUUGCUCAUCGCAACCGCAUUCAGGCAUUACUUCGUGGUAGGUUCCUUCGAAAUGAAAGAUUAAUCUCGGAUGAGAGACCAUGUUCAAUAGCUGCAACUGAAUUGGGUAUUCUGAGUCAAAGACAUGCAGUAUCAAACCUCAGGGAAGGAUUCCUCUCCAGAUCGGACAAUUCUGCUCAGAUUUUGACAAACAGCAAUAAUGGGCAUAUAGAUGAACACGAGGUUAUCAAUGGUCAAUCACCGCUUGCUUUCAGGGAAAAAAGGGAUACCACUGUGAUUCUUCCAGCAGGAUACUCAGAAAGAGGCACACAUGAAAACAUCAUUCAACUGGAGUUUGUUAUAGAACAUACUUCUGAAAUAGAGGAGCCAGUUUUGGACAAUGAGGGAACUUUGCAAGAAGCGUCAACAGAGGUUGAACAGGCUGGUAUUAGACAUGAUAUAGAGAUCAAUGACACUGGAACCACCACGGAGAAUAUUGCCAAUGAACGGUCAUUGGAAAAUGUGGAUGUUGAUGGUAGUGAACACCUAGAAGUCUUUGCUGAAAAUUAUGAACAUAGAACUCAGGUAAAUUAUGCCCAUGAGGUAGCUGGUUACUCUGAUAAUGUGGAACGAAAUGUAAAUGAAGAAUUUGACUGGGAAGACUCUUCAGCUCAAGUGGAUGAGUCAGUAAUUGAGAAUGAAGAAAGUAGCUGGCAACAGUUAACCGGUGUUUCAUUUAGUGAGUGGACAGAUGAUAGAGGUUGGCAGGGAAACUCUGCUAAUCAUUGGUUUCAAGAAACAUCUGGUAAUGAUGGUGUGGAGCAUGGUCAGAUGCAAGAAUCACAUGAAGAUUGGCAAGGUCAUGACAUGCAAGAGACUAUUGGCAGUUGGUUAGAAGCGCCUUCUGGAGAAGACAGUGCAUCCACUGAAAGAAUUGGAGGAGUUUACUUCCCAGAUGAUGAUAAUGUUUACAGCAUGGAACUUAGGGGGGUUUUCAGCCGGAGACGUGUUUCUAGUCUUCUUCGAAGUGGUUUCCGUGAAAGUCUAAACCGGGUUCUACAAUCACACGUGGAAAGGCAAGGUCAUGCUUCUAGUGAUUGGGAGUUGGACAAUGCAUCUUCUUCUCUUGCCUCCACUGAACAAGUCGAAGAACAGAUAAAUGGUAAUCAAGACUUGGCUCAGGAUGGCAUAGAAAGAAAUCCAUUUGUUUUCUCCUCUCCACUCGGCAAUGCUUUACAGCCACUUUCCGAUGAAGAAUUGCAGGAUGCAAACUGGCCAUGCAACAACCCUGAACAGCGCUUGGGAAUUGACUGGGAGGUCAUCAAUGAGUUGAGAGUUGAUAUGGCCAGGCUUCAGCACAGGAUGGACAAUAUGCAGAGGAUGCUCGAGGCAUGCAUGGACAUGCAAAUAGAAUUUCAGCGCACACUGCGUCAAGAGGUUUCUGCUGCCUUAAAUCGGUCUAAUUUAUCUACAGAUAAGCUUGAAGGCACUGUGCCAAAGGAUGAAUGUCAAUGGGAUCACGUGAAGAAAGGAAUAUGUUGUCUGUGUCAUGAUAGCCAAAUAGAUUCCUUGCUCUACAGGUGUGGACACGUGUGCACCUGUUCAAAAUGUGCACAAAUAUUGGUCCAAAGUACCGGGAAAUGUCCAAUGUGCAAGGCACCAGUAGUUGAGGCAGUCCAAGCAUACUUUAUACAGUAA